GUUAUUCCAGAGUUUUCAAAUAAGGCUAUAUUUUUUUUACUACAUUAUUUCAGCUUAAAAUAUUUAAUUCAAAGGUUUUCCAUUAAAUUCGCGCAUUUUUUAAAAGCAAAGUUGAUUAACAAUUCUCGCCAUCCAAAUCGAAGCAGAGUGGCAGCCCUAAAUAACGGUGCCGCGGCAUUUUUAUUCCCUUUUCCUUUUGUGCUUCUUUUUCUGAUUCUGUUCUGUUGCUGUUGCGCUGCUUCGGCUUCGCUUUGUUCAAAAAUUGUCAAAAAACAACAAGGAGGUGGAUAAAUAGCAUUCAAUUUCUGGAAGACGACUUGUAUCUGGAUCUUGGAUAGAGGCAGAGGAACGCUAUCUAUCGUAUCAUGUGUGACGCAGCGAAUCAAGCGAAGCCUUGGCGCUUAGCCAACUUUUCAUACGGCAACGGAAUCCCGGCACUCUGUCUGCUGCAUCAGGAGAUUGAGCAGUUUCACGCCUAUAUUCAAUCCACAGCGACGGAGUUCUAUCUGCGCGCAGAAGCAGUGCGCUGCAUUGAAGAUAUGCUGGUCUCCAUAUGGCCAGGGGCCAGUGUCGAAGUUUUUGGCUCAUUUCGCACCGGCCUGAAUUUGCCGCUCUCGGACAUUGAUCUCGUCGUCCAAAACCGUAGAUGCUACUGGUACAAUCCGCCACUGCACGAGCUGGAGAGUGAGCUUGUGGCACGCGGUGUCGCCGAUCCGCACACAGUCAACGUGGUGGACACGGCUGCAGUGCCCGUGGUCAAGUUCACGGAGCGCGUGUCGCAAAUCAAAUUCGACAUCAGCUUCAAUGUGGGUUCCGGUGUGAAGGCGGCCGAGCUGAUCAAGGACUUUAUUCGCCAGUUUCCGGAUUUGCCAAAGCUUGUGAUGGUCCUGAAGCAGUUCCUCGCGAUGCACGGUCUGAACGAAGUCUAUCGCUCGGGAGGCAUCUCCUCCUACGCCAUUACCCUAAUGUGCAUCGGCUUUCUCCAGCAUCAGGCGCAGGCCAACAAAAAGUACAGCAGCAACAACAGGCUGGGGAUGUUGCUGCUCAAGUUUCUGGAGUACUAUGGACGCAAAUUCGACUUCAACAAGUACGUGAUUUCGGUGCUGGGCAAUGGAGGCUGUCAGACGAAGGAACACCUGAGAUCUACCAUGGGCAACUACAACUGGCAGUCAUUUUUGAGCAUUCAGGAUCCGAUCACACCGACCAACGACAUUGGACGAAGCUCGUACGCAGCCUUGAGUGUAAUGCAAAUGCUUGAAGCUGCUUUCCAGAAGCUAUCCCGCCUGGUGGACCUGGACCCGACAAAGAUAACUGGACCCAUACUGGACAGCAUAUUGGAUGUCCCCCAGCAGGUGAUCAAUCACAGACAAUGGGUACACUUUAAUUUUCAGCAUUUGGCGAGUUCCGCCAGCUCUUCUGGCCCGUCACCACUGUGCCAGUCUCCAGGCAAAAUAGUGAAGCGGCGACGCAGCUCGCAGUACACUGAUGCGAAGGAGGACGAACAGACUGACGGCAAUGCGAAUGCUCCAAAUAUGUUAGAGUGCUAAAAAAGUUUAGUUUAUUUAUGUUCCUUUAAUUGCAACCAUUACGAACUUUAAGUUGGACUACGUUAAUUACGUUGUAAGCUAAUUUACAGUUUUAUUUUAGUUCUAGUUUAUAUAAUUCGUAUUUCAAUUUUCAUUGUGUAUUUUAUGCUCGGCAUAUAAAAAAAAACAAAAACCAAAAAAAAAA